AUGGCUCCUUUCGAUGGGUCGGCCUGGGAGGAAGAGGAAGAGGACCUGCCUCCACCCCCAGAGGUUCCAUAUUACAAUAACUUCCCCGGAAAACAGCCUCCCCCUGGAGGCAUGGUGGACAUGAGGACCCGUCCUGGACACAGUACAGGAGCCACGCUGGUGAGACACGCAUUUGUACAAGGAUCUCUCUGUCUUUCAGAGCCAUUUGAUGCUGCUUUAGGCGUGUCGGGUACAGUGGCGCCCCCUCUGGCAGAGCAGCUGCAAAACGAGCCCUGGUUCCACGGACCUCUAAGCCGCAGGCAGGCCGAAAGACUCCUGACCAAGGAUGGAGACUUCCUGGUGAGGGAGUCAGGCACCACACCAGGCCAGUACGUCCUCACUGGACAGCAGGGCAACCAACCUAAACACCUGCUUCUGGUGGAUCCAGAGGGAGUGGUGCGCACCAAAGACCACCGCUUCGAGAAUGUCAGUCACUUGAUUAGCUAUCACAUGGACAACCGGCUGCCAAUCAUCUCGGCAGGAAGUGAGGUGUGUCUGCAGCAGCCAGUUGAUCGCCGAGCUUAAAAAAAAAAAAAUUUCUCCAACACAUUGAAGAGAAAAAAAACUCCUCUCUUUCCUACUUUUUUGCCAGACUCUAUUAGAGAAAAA